CUACUGCAUAGUUGAGUAUGAGUUAUCCUCCCCCACGAUGGCUGAAUUGUCCUUGCAUAGGCAACGCUGUCUCUGAUUGCUUUGUUCCUUUUAAAGUUCCUUUAAAGCCUUUUUAUGAUGAACAUAUACCUGUUUCCCGACAGUUUCACGUGGAAGAUCUUUUUUCCCUUUGUAAAGCCAACAGUAUUCGCUUGGGACUUGUUAUUGAUCUUACUAAAACUUCUCGGUAUUAUGAUUAUGAAGAAAUACUUAAGAGAAAUUGCCAGUACCAGAAGAUUUCUUGUGAAGGCCACCAACAGUACCCCACCGCGGAAGAGUUCGCACUGUUUAAAAGCACUUGUGUUAAAUUUCUUGAAAAGAAUCCUUCCCUGUUUAUAGGGGUGCACUGCACGCAUGGCUACAAUCGAACGGGUUUUAUGAUUUGUUCAUAUCUUGCUGAGCAAGAGGGUUGGAGUAUUGAAGCAGCCGUAGAAUCCUUUAGACGGGCGAGACCGGACGGGAUUUACAAGAGGGACUACUUGAAGCGCCUUUACGAGUAUUAUGGCGGGAAUGCGGCGAUUGUUUUUCCUGGAAGCCCUACUUGGAAGGACGACGAAGCAGAGUUUGUGGAACAGUCGCCCUCUGCCAGUAACAAACGUUUUUCUGAAGCUGGAAGUGGCACGACUCCCAAGCGUUUGAACUGCAGCAUCCACAUGGCCGGGAUAGAGGGAGAAGUCGGCGAGUCGGUGUGCGAGGAGGAACUUUUUCCAUUAAGGCAGCUUGUGCAUAGCAUGACGCGCUCCACCUGUCCGGCCCACCAGUUUCCUGGGUCGCAGCCCGUUUCGCUAGACUACGACAACGUACAGUGCCUUCUUCGCGAGCCGUACUUGGUCAGCUGGAAAGCAGACGGCAUUCGGUAUAUGAUGCUCAUCAGAAAACAGCAGCAGGAGUCAAACGCCCAAGAAGUGUUUAUGAUUGAUCGCCACUACAACUUCUUUCGUGUGCCCCUGCGGUUUCCACGCUACAACGACUCGCAGCAGCUUGCAAACCACACUCUUCUAGAUGGGGAAUUGGUCGAAGACAAGAUCCCUGAAGCCGGGGUCCAAGCACGCUAUCUGAUUUUUGAUGUUAUUGUUUAUGAAGGCAACGCGGUGGGCUUCGAGGUGGACUUUGCAAAGCGACUGCGCAUCAUUGAAGAGAAUGUAAUCGGCCCCCGAAACAAAGAAAAAACACUAAAUGUACACGCCAGUAUGUAUAAAAACGAGCCGUUUAGCGUUCGCUUGAAAAACUUUUAUUCACUGGAGUACACCCAAAAACUCUUCGAUAAGGUCAUCCCUGCGCUUCCCCAUCCGAACGAUGGCCUCAUGUUUGCCCCUGUCUGCUCCUGGUACACCCCCGGAACUUUCGAUAAAUACUUGAAAUGGAAGCCGCCGGAGCUCAACAGCAUCGAUUUUUAUCUUCGCUAUGUAAAACCUACGAAGACCAAAUAUUGCCUGCCAGAAUACUACGGCGAGUUGUGUGUCCUGAAGGGCGUGGAAGGCCUCAAGCCGGUAUUUAAACUGCAAAAGAAGCGUUCGAUUCUUGAGAAUUUGGACCAAAAGAUUAUCGAAUGCGUUUAUAAUAAGAGCAGCAAAACUUGGGAUGUUCUGCGAAUCCGAAACGAUAAAGGCACGCCAAAUGGGUAUAACACAGCUCUGAAGAUUUGGAAGAGCAUAAGAGAAGGACUGGAAAAGGAACAACUUCUGCACAUGAUUAACGCGCACUACACACAGAAAUAAAGUCAAGGUCACGCGACAGAAGACUAUUAAUUAUUUUUAAGCGGGGAGGAAGCCGCCUUGGGCCCCGUUUAU